UUUUUGGAAAUCAGCUGAAUUUUGUCAAGAUGCAGGAUAUUUAGAUUUCUUGAUCCAUUAAAACCACUUAAGAAAUAGAUUACUGGACUUUGAAAAAAAUCGAAUAAAUCAGUAAGUUAUAAAGACGUCGUGACUCUGCCUUAUAAAGACAUCGACAUGUAUACAUUGUUUAGACUGCGAUAUCUUUAGGCUACUGCAGUCUACAAAUAAAACUUUGUAACAUUCAGAGCGGAAGUAUAUACCGCCCUCCUCUGGGCGCGUCAUUUUGACUCUCGUUGACAAUGUGAAAGGGAUCAUAACGUGUUCUCCAUAAACUUAACUUAAAACCAUGCCGGAUGCGAGCGCAGACGACUUUGACGGGUUUCAGACCCAGUUCGCGCAAAUCAUGGAAACAAUUUUACAGACUGCUGUCAGGGAAGCGACAAAACUUUAUGAAGGCACUUUGCAACGCUUGAAAGCGGAAUUGGUGCAGUUGAGACAAGAGAAAGUCAACACGAAGACAGGUGUUACAUCCAUCCAGAGCACAGAGAGAUUCUCUGAAGCCGGGAGCCAGAGGCCUGGAAACGUCUUUAAACACCGGGAUAUCGGCGUGCAGUGUGAAAAGCCCACUUUGGUUGACAGAGGAUGCAACACUCUUCAGUUUAUAGGACAACAUCUUAAUGUGGGAGACAUAACUAGUGAUAAACUCACAGAUCUAUGUGCCAGUGAGGAUGGGAACAGACAGCUUGCAUUGCUCCUCAUCAAAAAAGAGCCUCAAGAGACUGAAUGCAACAGCUAUGCACCAGGAUACUUUCUACUAAAGCAAGAGGGUGCUGAGCCCAUACUGGUGCGCAGAGAGCCAAAUAAGGACAUCGUGAAAAGGGUUGUGGUCCCACCAGCAUUGCAAACAAUAACCAGGCCCGAUAACAGCAACAGAGGAAAGUCUCCACCACCACCAGUGAUUCCUUCCUCUUGUAGUCGCAGAGUGGAUUCCAGUGGUCAAAUACCCAAUCAGACUAUACAACCCAGCCGCGGUACAUCUGAAAGAACAUUGGAAAACACUGAAGGCUUGUCUUCCCAAAACAAAAAACCGAAUGCCAUUGCAUCAGCACAGACAUCAACUUCUUCAGUGCUUCCCAAUUUAACCCAGACUCCUGCUUCCAAUGUUAACUCAUCUGUGCCAAUGAUUGAGCUGUCUGGUGCUCUAUCAAUACCUCAGACCAAGCCUACAGCAUCAUUAGUUCAUCGUCGACCAAAACCAAAUCCUCAAACAUCAAACCAGACAGUAGUCCUUCAGAAAGAGGGGUCAAAUAUCUGUCAAAACACUUACUUAACUCCUGUACCUCCAAGCCAAGUCUUAGUAACAGAGCCUCAUUCCUUCAAACAGCGAGCUCAGGCAUUGGUUUCACAUACUGGGAAAACUUUUUCAACCAUUGCCUCUCUAAACCAGGCUCCUGAGCCAUUAACCCAAUGUUCCUCUCAACUUACACAACCACCAUUCUUUCCACCACAGUCCAUCAAAACCCAUGAGAUGCCUCCACAAGUACACACUGUCGUGCCAUCAGGACACAUUCCUGUCGCAGCAGCUCCAAAUACUCUUCCACCAGUUCAGGAUAGGACUCCCUCAUCCAGUCUUGUUCCUCCUCAAUCUCAUGCUUUUGCAUCACCACAGGUAAUGCCAGCACAUUCUGUGAAUUCAAGUCCAUCAUUCCAGUUCCCUUUGGUUCUGCCACACAAUCCGGUUCAGGCGACGCCACCUUCUUAUCUGCCAACGCAUGUUCCAUUUCCUUCUCCACACAUUCCAGUUAACGCAAUUCAGGGAUCCAUCUCCUUAAACCCACCUCAUGCUCCACUCACUCAAUCUCAAUAUCCACCACAAUCCAAUCAGUUCUCCUCUUCUCCAGACCAUUUUUUUCCUCCACCCGAUAAUACGCCAGGUUUGCUUGACUCUCUUGAUACUUUGCAUUUGCAUUCGCCUAUCAUGAUAACGCCACAAGAUGCCUCGGAGCUGGCACCCAUGCACCAUUUUCAGCCACCUGGGCAGUUUGCUCCUCUGCUAACACUGAAGGAGCAACAAGCUGCUGCUGCCGCUUCCACUAACGUUGUUUUAGGGCGAGUACCCAUUCCAUCUGUAGGUACCUCUGGGUCUCCAGUUGACAACUUUGAAGCAGAUGUACCAUUUUCAACAUGUUGCUCAGAGAGAAAUGAUAAAGACCUUUCAGAAGAUGAUGACACGCCCACACUCCAGUCUAGAAUUAGAAAACAGAGAAAGAUUUGCUCCAAAUCUAGACCAAUAGAUCCUGCAUGUGAGGACGGCAGACUUAUGGUAAAGGAUAAGAGGGUGGAUCAGGCGCAGAACGACUUGAUUAGUGAAACACCAAAUUCUGGCCUAAAUAAUGGAAGUCCACUAUUACCAAAACCUUUGGGCAAAACACUGCAGAGAAAUACAGAGUGUCCCCAGUGUGGAAGGGUCCUCAGCAAUGCAUCAGCCUUGGAGAACCACAUGAGACUUCAUACAGGCGAAAGACCGUAUACCUGUUCCCAGUGUGGGAAAGCGUUUCCUAGUGUACGAGGUCUAAACCGGCACAUGAAGGUCCAUGCAGAGGAGAAGCGGUAUCAGUGUGAGGAGUGUGGGAAGAGUUUUGUAUACCACUUUACGCUUACUAAACAUCAGCUUAUUCACUCUGGAGAAAGGCCAUUUCCUUGUAAAGUUUGUGGAAAGAGGUUUUUGGCCAAGGCGGACCGGGCUACCCAUAUGCGAAUGCACACUGGAGAGAAGCCGUUCUCUUGCACUCUAUGUGGGAAGAAGUUUAAACAUCGAGUCGCUCUGAAUAUGCAUAUGCAGGGGCAUAGAGGAGAGAAACGCUACAUCUGCCCCCACUGUGAAAAGGGAUUUGUGGAUCUAGGCAAUUUUAAAAGACACAAGCUCAUCCACACAGGGGAAAGACCGUUUGAGUGCAAGGAAUGUGGGAAGCGCUUUACUCAGUCGGCCCAUCUCAAGAAACAUGUCAACACACAACAUGUUACAUGAAGAAAAUGAUUUGAAUUGUUAAAUAUUAUGCAUUUAGUUGGUCUACUGAUAAUUAUUCUGUUACAGAAAAUAAAACAGUAUUAGGCCCAACUGUAAAUUAAUUUAUUAAGAUGCCAUUAUUAAAAUAGAAAAGUAGAAAAAUAACUGCUUUACUGCA